CCUCACCCGAGCAGGUGAAUAACCACAACAAGUUCAAACGUUUUGUUUCGAAGGUGUGGCGGUUGAUCAAUCUUGAGUAAUGAGGACGCGAAUAUGUGCCUAGUAACGUGGUAUGAUGUGACUCUCUAGUUACUAUGAGGCUUUAUUAUGUGUUCGCAGUGUCUGUACACUGUCUUAUAAACAGUUGUCAUGGGCAGUGGACAGGUAGUCAGCGGAACAGCUAUCCGGACUCGCGCCACUCAGACUUUUCAAACGGACAGCGUGGGACGCUUUACCGAUCAGAUGUUCGCUUCGACGGCGGUUCGGUAUACUCUGGAGCGUCCGAUGAGUUACGCAAAUACAGUGACAGUCGUUGUGAGAUCCGAUCAACGGCGCAGCUACCGAUGUACAAGACGACGAAGACUUUGACCGGAGUGUUUCAGGGCCGGAUAAUCUACUUGUGCGACCUUCCGGAGUUUACUCGGAGUGAUCAACGACCUGUGUCUCAAGGUGGUGCGGACCACAAAAAUGAUAGGCUGCAGUAUCCAGCAAGUGUUGUUGCUUAUCUCGGAAUCCCUUACGCUUUGCCACCGCUCGGACAACACAGAUAUAAGGCCCCACAGGCGCAUCCUCCUCUGGGUAACUGGCCAGCCCUGUCAUUCAAGCCAGGCUGUACACAAAGCAUCGAUUACACCGGCGCCAGUCAUGGCAUUCCCAAUAUUGCCGAGGACUGCCUCUAUCUCAACAUCUACACACCAAACACGGACACGUACAAGCCGAUGUACGCGGUAAUGGUCUACAUUCACGGAGGAAACUUUGACCACGGGGCAAGCAAUCUUUUCCCCGGGCACAUGCUGGCGGCGUCCCAAGAAGUGAUUGUGGUCACGUUCAACUACCGGCUCGGGCCAUUAGGGUUCUUCGCCACCGGAGAUGACGCAUCACCUGGCAACUAUGGGCUGAUGGACCAAGAGGCAGCUAUACAGUGGGUUUACGAUCACAUUGAAGCCUUUGGAGGCGACAACACUAGAAUCACCCUUUUCGGAACGGGGGCUGGGGCUGCCAGUGCGGGCAUACACAUGACAAAUCAGAUGGCGAAGAGGAAGUUAACCUUCAAACGUGUGAUAGCUCAAGGGGGAGCAGCCGUAGCAGAAUGGGCAGUGAAGGAAGAUGCCAUACUGGUACGCAACAUCAGUCGGCUCUUUGGGGAACAAGUGGGAUGUUUCAGCCACAGCUCCUGGCAGCUCAUGCAGUGCCUUCAAUACAAAGCAAACAAUAGCCAAGAAUUCCGCCUCGUCAAUGUAAAGCCUCCGGUUGGAUGGUUGCCCUGGGGUCCAGUACUAGAUCGUUACACCCGUGAACACCUAGGCCAGUCCCUGUCCGUCAUGCCGGAAGAAUUCCUAGAAAAAAUGGCACAAGACGUGGCCCAUAUCUACAAGGAUGACUUUGCCUACAUGACUGGUGUGACACGUGAUGAGGCUUCCUAUCUGAUAAAGGAGGAUAAAGACCUGAAAGGCAAUAGAUACAUCAUGACUCCAGAAAUGUUUGACACACGCGUACGGGAGUAUGCAAAGAUGUACAACUACACCCUCAACGAGGAGGCUAUUGUGAAUGCUUUGUCAUUCAUGUACACACCAUGGGAAGACCAGGCAAACAGUUCUUUGCUUCUCAAGGGAUAUGUUGAUAUGCUGUCAGACUCGUACUUUGCAGCUCCUCAUGACAAGAUACUGAAGCUAAUGCUGAAAAACAAGUUCAAGGUCUAUGCCUACGUGAUGAAUUAUUCUUUGGAAAGCUACCCACAGAGCCGUUACAAAGUGCCUGACUGGGAGGCUGUUCCACACGGGAUCGAAGACUUAAUGGUGUCGGGAGCACCCUUCAUGGAUCCAGCAUUUUACGCGGACAACUUGGCACUCAACAACAUCGUAUGGAGUGAGGGAGAUCGGAACAUGAGUCAGCUCUUCAUGCAGGCCUGGGCUAAUUUUGCAAAGACAGGUGAUCCGACGAGCCCCAGACCACUAUUUGGAUCUAUCCGCUGGGAGCCUGCCACAGAGAAGAACUUGCAGUACCUGUCCAUUAACGCAACCUAUUACGAAGCGUACAACGCGUCAAGUUUUAUGUUCCGAGACUAUCGACAGAAACAGGCCCAGUUUUGGAACGACUACUUGCCCAGCAUGAUAAUGAGGGCGCCACCAACGUGGCCUCCGACGGAGGAGCCGCUAUUACAAGAGAAUCGGAUCCUGUCCGCAUCACUGUGGACAGUCACUGGAGCCGCCUGCCUGUUUCUGCUCCUCGCUAUCAUAGGCUUCUGCUGCUACUGUAGGGCAUCGAGCGAACAUUUGGUGGACGACGACCAAAUUCCUCACGCGUCCACACAGUCCCUAACAGAGGGUCCCAGUGGCCUAAGAAGAGUGGAGUAUAGAAACAGGUAUGCCACUGAUGACCCCAAAGAACUGAAGUCCCUCAAGAACACAAGCGUGUAACGGCUCAGAACAAAGUGCCCACACUUUUAGCGCAUCAGAGCGCGAGAAGUUGGGGCGAAACUCGAAUUAGCAACACAAAAGCCGUCUCUGUUGAGCUUAGCCCCUCUUUUUUACGAGAAGGCACACAUACUGGAACGUUUUAGUCAUUGGUCCCAGUGCAACAUUUUCGCCAUUGUUUUUAUACUAUUUUGAAGGUACAAAGGAAGCAAACUGCAGAGUUUCAGACUGAGGGUAGGGCAGGUUCCUUGCUUUUUAAAGGGGUUGAGAAACAAUCUCUAAUAACAUGCGUUUAAUGCAUUGUUUGUGAUGUUGCAGCCCAUGUAUUAAUACACAAAGCCAUACUUUAGCUUCUGACCGAGGGACGCAUUGGCAUAGCACUUUGCUUAGCACAUUCGGGAGACAUAUCCCCGCAUCAUAAACAGGAUCCUGCCAGAUGUGAAAGAAUAAUUUCACAACCCCUUUAACAUGUGAAAGGCUGUGAUUGGCAUGACUGUUUGCUAUUCAGCGCAUUUUACCCACCAAACGAUAUUACUCGAUCUCGUAAUUCUCUCAUCUAUUCCAUUGACAUACUAAGUGUUCCAUGACGUGGCAAAACAUGUCGCUAUACAUUCCAUGUCACACGCACUGUUUCCCUGUCUUGAAAGCUGCUGUGAGAGCUAACAAGUGUCUUUGAAUCCGUCCAUAUACACUGCUAUUAUGCUGUGCACUAUGUGAUUUUUAUGUACAUUGUUCAUGAAUUAUGCGAGGUCACACUGUUGAAACUGAUAAUCAAAAUAAGUUAAAUCAGCUUGUUGCAAUGUUUAUAGAGCAUCUUUUACACUGCCAUAGAACAUGUAUUUUUCGGGCAUCAUUCCGAGGUAUUUUUUUAUCUUCACCUACGCAUUGCAUUCCAUUGCACUGUCCACUGCAUAUUCAGCCUGUGCCUUUUUCAUAAUCACAUCUGUAGUGCAAUCAGAUUUUGUAUCCAAUAAACAUUGAACAUAAAAAUAA